GGAAAAACUCACCAUCCCCCCAGGCUAGCUCAAACUUUCUGGACCAGCCUCCAUCCUACUGUGAGUGAGUGUGUGUGUCUGCACAGACAUUCACUAACCAGUUUGUGAGUCCAGAGAGAGAGAGAGAGAGAGAGACCAGUACUAAGGAGAAGGCAGGAGAGUGAAGAGCAUGCCGCUAUACAGGAGCCACAACUGAGACUGAGACAUCGGCCCCCACAAGCCUCUGACAAGCACCAGCAGAAGAAGCAAACAACGUUGAGACGCACAGGCUGUCUUCACACAUAGCUACAGGUGCAACAGUGACACAGCCGUCAGCUGUAGAGGAACGGAAGAAGAGAAGAGUAAACAAGUAACUGACCAUGGGGCCCAGAGCUUUAUGUCUGUUUGUCCUGCUUGGGCUGUCUGUCUGGGGCAGCAGUGAGGGCCUCAGAUCCCCCAUUCUGACCCGGAGGCGGAGGGCUCCAGAGGACACAGGAGAACCACCCAAAAAGUGCUCGUACACCUUCCUGGUCCCUGAGCAGAAGAUCACAGGGCCCAUCUGCGCCAGCCGGGGCCUACACACGGACAAGGAUCGCGUGACCCGCCUGGACGUGGCGGCAGUGAGGGACCUGCUCUCCAAACAGAGACGGGAGAUGGACAACCUGAAGCUGGUGGUGGAUGUGGACGGGAACAUGGUGAACGAGAUGAAGCUGCUGAGAAAGGAGAGCAGGAACAUGAACUCCAGGGUGACCCAGCUUUACAUGCAGCUGCUUCAUGAGAUCAUCAGGAAGAGAGACAACUCUCUGGAGCUGGCUCAGCUGGAAGGACGCAUUCUCAACGCCACGGCAGAGUCCCUACGUCUGGCCGCCCGCUACCGCGACCUGGAGGUCCGCUACGCCACGCUCUCUGCCAUGGUCAACAACCAGUCGGUUCUGAUUGGUGCCCUGGAGGAGCGCUGUCUACAGGUGUACGGCCGGCGGCAGGAGCAGCCUCCUCAGGGCCCACCGCUGGUACAGGUAGUGCCGGAGAACAUACCGGUUAGCAUCCCAAGGUUCACCAACGAGAUCCAGAGGGACCAUAGCCGGGCGUUCCCCAGAGACAGGAGCUCCCGAGUGGGGCCGGCACCCACAGGAGGCACCCUGGAGCUCCGGACGGCUCCGCAGGGCAACUUCAGUGCAGAGGGUCCUUUCAGGGACUGUCUUCAGGCGCAGGAGGCUGGCCAUGGCACCAGCGGUAUGUACCUGUUGAAACCUGAUGAGGCAGAGAGGCCCAUGCAGGUGUGGUGUGAGCAGGGCCUGGACAACGGAGGCUGGACUGUCAUCCAGAGCAGGAGGGAUGGCUCCGUCAACUUCUUCAGGAACUGGGACGCCUACAAGAAUGGAUUUGGCAACAUAGACGGUGAGUACUGGCUGGGGUUGCUUGGGAUCUACAACUUAGGGAAGCAGUCUGACUACAGACUUCUAGUGGAGCUGGAGGACUGGAUGGGGAAGAAGGUGUAUGCUGAGUACAGCAGCUUUCACCUGGAGCCUGAGAGCGAGGGCUACCGCCUGAGGCUGGGCACCUAUCAGGGAAAUGCUGGUGACUCACUCAGCAGCCACAACGGCAAGCAGUUCACCACACUGGACCAAGACAAGGACGCCUUCUCAGGUAACUGUGCACACUUCCAUAAGGGAGGCUGGUGGUACAACUCCUGUGGCCAGGCCAAUCUGAACGGUGUUUGGUACUCCGGUGGGGUCUAUCGCAGCAAGUUUCAGGACGGAAUCUUCUGGGCGGACUACGGCGGAGGAUUCUACUCUAUGAAAGGAGUCCGCAUGAUGGUCAGACCCAUAGACUGAGACUAGAGAGGGAGAACCAUGACCAUCUUAACCCUCAACCAACACAUGUACAGUACUGCCUAUCUCAAACCCACUCACAGACAUUGACUACAAACAUUGUGUGACCUCAUUGUGUGAGGUGGCAUAGUAUUUCACAUGUGAAGCUAAUUUGCAGGCAGACGACAGGUUUUUCCUGCAGGCCUAGAGACCCUCAGCACUUCCUUUAGAAACUACUAAUAUCCAGGCAUCACUGGCAGCACUAGAAUUAGAGCAAGGAGUACCAGACAUAUCAGUUACAAUGGAGAAGAAAUCAAAACAACUGACCUAUGGUAUGGCAUUGAUACUGUACAUCCAUUCUAGACACUAGAGGUAAAAUGUUGCCUAUUUUAGAGGUGUGUAAAUAUCUUUAGUUGUAAUAACUUCUUAAGAAAGCAUUCAAUCUACUUUGUUCCAACUUCUCCAUCUUCUGAUGCUUUUAUGAUUCAUUUUUUAUAUGUUUGAAAUAAACCAGGCGCCAAGGUGAAGCUGUAACUCAUCCAACAGAAAACAUUGGGUUUUCUAUUCACUAUAUUUGUGCAUUAUGCAUCAUGUAUUGCACUUUCACAGCUGACUUAUGUACUCCAGGCUGUGUGGAUGUUUUUCUAAUUUUGCUGUUGAUCAAAUUUCAAUACGAGCCAGAGUCAAAACAAGUAUUAAUGGAAAAAAAGAAAAGGAAUUAUGGUUUGUUUUGUGUGGUUUUGGAGACUUAAAAAAUGCAGACGAAGCAGAGAGUUAGUGAGAGGCAUUGGAACAGCCAGCGAGAAAUGCAUUGCUGAAAGCCAUACAGGACAGAGAGAAGGGAAGAAGAGAA